CUCACCGACAGCCGCAAAGAGCGAGCGCGUCACAGUCACCUGGACAUCACAGAGAGAGAGAUAGAGAGAGCGCGCGCCGGGGUUACUCUGGGCAGCUGUCAAUCAUUGAGUUUAAUGAGUUUUAAUUUCUCUGGACAAAUAUUUUUGUGGAUACUUUGUCCAAAGCUCCAGACAGACGCACGGUGAUCAAACGUUUGGGAAGAAGCUUUUGGAACAGUUGACUAAGCGGGAAAAGGGAGUUUUAUACAAUUAAUUUAAAUAUAUUUUCAUAACCCGAGAAAGAAUUGGGCUACUGAUCAGAACGGAAGUAAACGAUUCGAUCCAGUAAAAUGCAACGCUCGAAAGUCUGUCAAGUUCUCUUGAUGCUGCUAUUGGCUGCUGCGAUGGGGUGUGGCCAGGUGCUGGACCGCACGCUCAGUCUGUCCAAUGAGAGGAGCUCGAUAGAAAGAACAUACGAGCUGACUAAAUACCUGGACCACCAGCUGAAAGAAAUCAGAGACACUUACUUAUCUUAUCUUGGGCCACCUUUCAGCGAUCCUGGCUUUUCCCCUCCACGUCCGAACAGCUCCGCUUUAUCCGUGCCCAGUGCGGCCACACGGGUGGACUUGUGGCGUGGACUGGAAAACGGUGCCCGUCUGGCCCAGAAUCAGCGUGCGUACAGCGUCCUCCUUUGUGCCGUGAAGGAGCUGGCGCGCUCCACCUUGUGCCCCUACCUCCAGAGUUCCCUCCUUCACUUCUGCUCCGGCCUCAGCGGGUUACUCGGCUCAAUAUCUGGUUUGAUGAAUGCCCUGGGCUACACCUCACCUCCCUCAGGAUAUGCCACGCCAGCUCAAGGAUACGCCCUGCCCAUGUCACCAUUUCAGGGAGUGAUUGAGAACAGCCCCGCCCCCCUGCGGAGUUACCUGCCUCGAAACCAAGGUGUUCAGGCUACCUCUCGGGCAAGGGAUGGAGGGAGCCGGGCGGAUGUGAAGCGGGACAGAGAGAGGGAGAGAGCAGGAAAGGGGCCGUAGAGGGAGG